UCCUCACCCCCUCCCUAUGUAGCAAGACCUCAAAAGGAGGUACAUUUGUGUCACAGGCUUCAAACAAGAGAUCACAUUUGAGGACAACACUUUAUAACCAGAGAGAAGAAGAGUCCAUAAAGUGGCGGGUGGAAAUGCUCACAUAUCGAAAUGUACGCACCCUGUGGCUGCUGCUACUUCUCAAUGUCUCUGGAAAUGCACGCAAAUUCAACCUGUUCAGACGAAACCCUGAGGCGCAGGAAGGUGACAUAAGGCUGUUUGGCUCUAAGAUCAUUUCAGAGGGCCGUGUGGAGGUCUACCAUGACGGGAAAUGGGGAACAGUGUGUGAUGACGGCUGGGACUUGGCUGAGGCCCAGGUGGUGUGUCGUCAGCUCCACUUCCCCGGAGCAAGAUCUGUUGUCAUUGGACAAAACUAUGGAGAAGUAAAGUCUGGACUCAUUUGGCUGGAUGAUAUCAAUUGUAAUGGAACAGAGUAUCAUCUGUUGACUUGUGGUUUCAAAAACUGGGGAGUAACUGACUGCACCCACAAAGAGGAUGUUGGAGUUAUCUGUGAAACAGAAAGCACUAAUGUGACCAGCAGUGAUUCUACGCACUCGCUGGACCACAGUUUCAGUCUCUCUGAUGACCUUGGCCAAAUAUUUGACAGUGGAAAUGGCUGUGACUUCCUGAUCUCAGUCAACAGUGCCACUGGAAACAAACUGGAGGAUGGGAAUAUGGAAAUGGAGGAAACAACAAUCUGUGCACACAAAAUGAUCCUCUUGAAUUUCCCGCUCUUUAAUGCCCUGGAGGGGAUCACCAACAUCAGUGUCAACAUCAGAGAGUCCUGCCAACCAUAUGUCACCCCCUUCAUCAGGUACCUUUACACCCACAAGAUAGAUGUGACCUUCUCCUCUGUGCAGUGCCUCCACUGGAUGGCUUCUAAGUUUGGGGUGAAGCAGCUAAUGGAGGACACAGGCCGGCUUCUCUCUAAAGUCCUUCCAGAGGACGCUUCAUUCUUCACCCAGGUGUCCAUUUACAAAUAUGCAGAGGAGACUGGGGACAUGGUUCUUCAGGAGAACUGUAUCCAGUACCUGGCCUGGAACUUCGAAAGCCUGACCAAAUCUCCAGUUUGGGCCGACCUAUCUGUGGAAAUCAUAGGAGCACUUCUAACCCGCUCAGACCUGGUGGUGCCAGAUGAGUAUUUUCUCCUCCAGACAGUAGAGAGCUGGAUCACAAAGAAGAGCGACUCCAUCAGUUUGGAAACCCAGGUUUACCUGUUGAAUCGCAUUCGUUUCCCUAUGAUCCCUGUGGAGAAACUGUACGAAUUUGAGUCCAACUCCACUGUUUACAGCACUAAUAAGAAAAUGUAUCAAGAAAACAUGUUGAAAGCAUACCAGUUUAAUGUUCUGCUCUUUAGCAAUCUUUUGUCCAACCCAAAGUUCAACAGAGAUAAUGACUACCUGCCCAGGAUCUACACUGCUAAACCAUGGAGCACUGCUAUUGGCCCUCCAACCUCACCAGAGCCAACCCAAACCCUGUAUCGAAAUUCGUACAACAGGAGACAGUAUGGCUAUGAUAAUCCCAGUUCCUAUGUAUAUGGUCAGACCACAACUAAGUCUUUCCACACACCUGUCCACAACAGCCUUAUCUUUAAGCACAACAAGAUUAACUGGGAGGCAAAUGUCUUCAGGAGUAACCAUGAAUGUUCAAACCGAGGGGUGAGAUGCAUUUCGCUCCCAAUGGCAAGGCUGGUUCCCCAAAGCCACCUCUCGCAGAGCAACGUCCUCUUUCGUAACCGGCUCCUGCUGUUGUGCCAAGGCAGGUACAUCUGUCAGGUUCAGGACUUCAAGGACAAUCUGGCUCAUAUUGCUUCAAAUAAUACCCUGCUUACCUAUCCUUGUCCUGAUGACCAGUAUGACUAUCACUUUGUAGUGAGACCAGAGUAUGUCUGAAUCUGAUUAUUUCUCCCACUGGGUGGUCAUUCAAUAGAUUGCAGUCAAAUGCUUCCAAGAUUAUCUGUGUGACUGAUUUUUUUUUCAUGAAUCUCUUGUUGAUUAACUACAAAUGUAUCACCUGGUAAUGAUUUCAUUCAUAUCAUAUCAAUCAUAUCUUUAUCUGCUUUCUUAAAAAAAUAAAAAAAAUAAAUAUUGUUAUAGUGA